AUGGAUAGAUACAGUUCAAACGCAGCUCCAACAGGCCCACCCGUACCAACAAAAGAACACUUUGCUGACGGUGGUCUAAUAUACUCGAUACUCUGCACGUUAUCACUUUUCCUUAUGUUCGUUCUUGUAAUAAUUUAUUACCGCCUCAACUACAAUCGCAUAUUUGUAUAUUUCUGCGUUUCGAUCGUUCUCAUCUUCAUCCCGCACGCACUCGGAGGAUGGAUAUAUGGCGCGCAAUUAGCAAGAGCACCGACAAUUGUCUGUUGGAUACAGGGUCUCUGGAUUAAUGCGGCUAGCAUCGCCGGUGGUUUAACUGUGCUGGUUUACACUUAUGAGAUUUACAGAGGGAUAGUGCUGCAUGUGCCUGAUGACGAAUAUAAGAGGCGGAAAUAUUAUAUUGCGGUCUCAAUAUUGUUUCCCUUACUGGUUGGGUUUGUCCCGCCGGCCAUUAUUGCUGAAAAGCCAAACGGAAUCUUGCCAGCUGCAUAUUUCUGUUUUCUUUAUAAACCGAUGAUUCCGCUAGCAUUUGUAAGCGUUGAAGGAUGGAAUACGCUCUUGGCAAUCCCAGCAAUAUACUUUUCGUUCCGCACGGCGAUAGAAGUAGCGAAGAUAAUUUAUACAAGACGGGGGUUUGAUGCCACUUUAGUCACAAAAUCAAUCGGACAGACUAAUUCCCAAGUAACAAUACAAACGAUUCAUUCACAAUCCCAAUCACGUAUUUCCGAUGAUGUUGAACAAUCAUACACGCCAACCACUGCUGUCCCUACUGCACCCGAUACACCUCAUCGACUAUCGCCGCCAUUACGACUGUCGAAUAAGACAAUAGCAUCUAUUCCCGUAUAC